UCUUUUUAAUGAAUUUCCUGGGAGCCAAGAAGGGCCAAUCUACAGGAAAAAGGGGGAAGUGGACAUUAAGCAUCUUCCAGAAACUCUUCUAGCUGAUACCAUGAAACGACGACAAAAGAGGAAACAUUUGGAAAAUGAAGAGUCCCAGGAAACCGCUGAGAAGGGAGGAGGAAUGUCAAAGUCCCAAGAGGAUGCCCUGCAGCCGGGAUCCACUAGAGUGGCCAAAGGCUGGAGCCAAGGGGUGGGAGAAGUUACUUCUACCUCCGAAUACUUCUCCUGCGUUUCUUCUUCACGCAAGCUCAUCCACGGUGGAAUCCAGAGAAUACAUCGAGACAGCCCCCAGCCUCAGUCACCCCCGGCCCAGGUUCAGGAACGAGGAGAGACUCCUCCCUGCUCACAACAUGUCUCCUUGUCAUCCCAUUCGUCCUAUAAGACUUGUGUGUCCUCUCUGUGUGUAAACAAAGAGGAAAGGGGCAUGAAAAUAUACUACAUGCAGGUACAAAUGAAAAAAGGUGUGGCUGUCUCCUGGGAGACAGAGGAAACUUCGGAGUCCUUAGAGAAGCAGCCAAGGAUGGAAGAGGUGACCCUUCCUGAGGUUGUGAGGGUAGGUACUCCCCCCUCUGAUGUGUCCACCAGAAAUCUCCUGUCUGACAGUGAGCCCGGUGGGGAGGAGAAAGAGCAUGAGGAAAGGACAGAAUCAGACAGCCUGCCAGGCUCACCCACUGUUGAGGAGACACCCAGGGCCAAGACUCCGGACUGGCUGGUGACCAUGGAGAAUGGCUUCAGGUGCAUGGCCUGCUGCCGGGUGUUUGCCACCGUGGAAACCCUCCAGGAGCAUGUGCAAUAUGGGAUCAGAGAGGGCUUCAGCUGCCACGUCUUUCAUCUCACCAUGGCUCAGCUGACAGGCAACAUGGAAUCAGGGAGCACCCAAGACGAGCAGGAGGAGGAGAAUGGAAAUGAGGAGGAGGAGGAAGAGAAACCAGCAGGAAAGAAGGAGGAGGAGGGGCAGCCCACAGGGGAAGACCUUGGCCUGAGGAGAUCCUGGAGCCAAUGUCCAGGCUGUGUGUUUCAUUCUCCAAAGGACAUUCCAAAGGACAGGAACAGCUGAGACUUAUGGGCCAGAAGAUACUGGAAGAUGGUGUGGCCUUCUCUUGCAAGAGGGAGAAGAAAGAGCCAUGGAGAUAGUAGCAGACAGACUGCCCAAGGUAUGAAGGAG